AUGCCAGCAACAAAUGUGAUGAUCACGGUGGAGCACAACCUCACCGCGCAGUGCGACUGGCUCAGCGAAGAGAACCGAACUGACCUGCGCGUAACCGGACAGUUCGACGCUGCCCGCUGCCUCUUCAUCUCCAUCCUGCCCUUUGGUCAGGCAGUUCCAGCGGCGACAUGCAUUUUUGUGUUGCUCGCUCUUUUCUCACUGCUGGUUAACGGAUUUACCCUGUUCGGACUGGGACGGUCGGACGACCUCUCUUGGGAGCCACGCGUUGUUUUCUUCAGGAAUCUGAUUUUGAGCGACCUCGUGCAGACUGUCACCUUCGCUCCGUCGGUCAUCCACGCACUAGUUCAGCGACGAACCGUGGCGUUUGGCCUCUGGUGUCGCGUCCAGUACCUCGUGGGGACAGCCAGCAUCUUCUCCAGCCUCUGCACCAUCACGUGCAUGGCACUGGAGCGCUAUAUCUACGUGUGCCACGCCAUCCGGUACCUGGUCAUCUUCACACAGGUGCGCCUGCGGCUGGCCCUGACCCUCAUUUGGGUUUACGCCAUCUCCCCCGCCACCAUCACCACGGCGCUGCUGCACUCAGAAGUAGAGCGAACAAGUGAACCGUUCAUCAGGGGACUUCUGUGCGAGCCCGACAUGGUGGAGCAGCACAUGGGCUUCCCCCGUGUCCCUGCCGUCUUUCGCAAAGUAUUUGGCCUCGCCACACUGCUGCUGUGUGUGCUGGUCUACAUUUUCUCCUACUUCAGGAUGUACCAGGACGCGCGCAGCGCGACGAUUCCGUUCAACGUUGUUAACACCGCAGCGCGUAAAACUGUGCUGUUCUACUGCGGCAUGCUGCUCCUGCAGCUGCUCCCGCUACUCCUCAAAGUCGCCUCGGACGCACUGUGGGAGUUUGAGGGUGCAGCGACACCGGCAACCGUGACCGUGUUCCACAUAUCCUUGGCGCUGACGCUGUUAGUGCCACCGUGCGUCAACCCGCUGGUGUACGGGCUGAGGAACGCUGAGAUGAGGCAGGCGCUGCUCAGCCCGUUCCAGCGGUGGACGGAGAGGAGGCGCACGGAUGUGUGA